CAUUCGGCGGUGAUCCUUCCAGAGUUACUAUAUUUGGUGAGAGUGCUGGCGCCGGAAGUACGCAUAUUCACACCAUAUCUCCUCUAAGUAAAGGAUUGUUUAAGAGAGCUAUUAUGCAGAGUGGUGCUGCAACCAUAGAUGGAAUGUGGCAAUAUAAUAAAACGUUGUCUAACCUGAUUGCCCAUGGUGUUGGCAAAAUUGUUGGAUGUGACAAGGAUACUUCCAAGGAUUUAAUUGACUGUAUUCGUAAUGUACCAGCUGACCAGUUAAGAAAUAUAUCAGAUCCAUCAAAUGGUUUACUCGCAGAUGCACUUGAAAUGCCUGGAGUUCAACUUGCCUUUCUUCCUACAAUUGAUGGAUUUUUAAUUAAGGAGGAUCCCAUGGAUACCUUUUUUAAAACUAAAACAUUCAAUGAUGUGGAUGUGAUGUUUGGCACAGUCUCUGAUGAAGGAAUGAUCUUCCUUUUUUCCCUUUUUUCUGAUGCAGAAAAUGAAGGUCCUCUGAUAUUAAACAAGACUACAUACGAUGCAAUGUAUCCCAAUUUUCUUUUUACUAUACAGCCAAAUGAAGCAGUGUUAGAUACAAUUAAACUACUGUACGUUGACUGGGCUCAUGUUGAUGAAGAAAACGCCAAUUAUUUAGAUGCAUUAAGCCAGAUGGCAAGCGAUAUCUUCUUUGUAUGUCCCAUAAACCGUGCAGCACGUGCUAGUGCUGAAGCCGGACUCAAUACAUACGUAUAUCAAAUGACACAUGUACCUGCAAUGACAAUAUGGCCUUUGAAAACUGACACAGCCGUGCAUGGUGAUGAACUAGGAUUUGUUUUUGGUUAUCACAUGCUUUCCGAGAAACAGAUGGCGCUUGGCGGUGAUAACACAACCAUGUUUAAAUGGACUACAAGUGAAGUAGAUGCCGAGCUGUCUUUACAAAUCAUGAAAUACUGGACUAAUUUUGCUAAAACUGGUAAUCCUAAUCUCAGUUCACUGAGUGACGAAUCAAAUGACGAUGACUGGCCAAUGUUCACCAUACCUGGUUUAGCAUAUAGAGAGUUAUCACCAUCCAUGGUGAAUCGUUAUGCAUUAAAGGCGAGAGAAUGUGUAUUCUGGGAUGAAUUUGUACCAAAACUUCUGCAGCCUUCUGGUGAGUCAUGUGACAAGAAAGAGGAGUCUAAAUACUCCGAAGAAGUCAACCAACCGUGAUUGUACAGUAAAAGACAAAAAUGAAUGUUAAGACCUCAUUGAGAUUGAGAGAGCUUUGUUUUUGUCUGGAAUAGUGUUUUCCUCGUCAUCAUGUCUACUGUUACUAUGGUUACAUACAUUGUCGAUCAGUGGAGAAUGAAACACUAUCACAGGAGUUACAACAAGUCUCCUUGCUUUCUUGCUUUCAACAUGAUCUUAACAACCAUUCAUUUCAAAGGUCAAAGGUGACAACAAUGAAUGAACAUACCAAUUAUAGUGAUAUGAUAUCUGCUGUUAGAAUGUGAUCUGUGAUCUGUAUACAGGUGCAGUCU